UAAAACUCAAUUAUUUCAAAUUUUCCAUCUCCGAAACAUUUACAAAGUACACGAUGACCAAAGAGGUUAUUACCAUAGACCAGUUGAGAUACCAACGGAUGAUUACCGAGAAACUCGAUGAAACUGAAAGUCGCUGGAAAAAUCGCUUCUCAUGGUAUCCGGGGGGUCAGGCGGAAUAUUACGGUCGGAUUCCCCAAAUCUACUCAGAGAGUCGCGAAACGUACGGAGAUAAGCUAUUUUUCGAGUAUGCACGACGCAAUCGCUUGCACGAACGAUUCACCUUUGAUGAGCGGGAGGAAAGGAUCAAGGAAAAGAAGCGCAGGACAAUGGUCGGUGAAGAACAGACGGACCUAAAGGCAUCCCUCACCACAAACGGUGAAUAUGGGCGUGUAAAGCCCAACAGAAUGCACUUCUACUGCAAUUAAUAGAUCAACACAGCGCACUUACUCUCAAUAUCAACAAAUCUGGACAGUUGACUCCGCCGCCGGCUGGCAGUGACAAUGCAACUUGUAAUUGCCAUUUCAUUUGCUCUUCAAAAUAUUUUGCAUGACCGUGUGCAUAAUUAACAAGGUGAAAAUGUCAGCCAGAGCUGUGUGCCUGGGACCGGUUCUAUAAUGCGCUGAUUAAAAAGUCUCUGCGGUCGUUUAAGCCGA